AUCGAAACGUAUGGUGAUGUCAUCAUCGUCAUUUUACAACGUAUACGCUACGUCAUGCUGACACCCAUGACUCAGGCUGCAUGCGAGAACUUUCUUUGUCGAUGCGUCCCCCUCAACACCACCAAAGAUGAUAACAGUAUCUCACGACCAUGUAUCUCUAAAUAUGCGGCAUCAUUGCCGUGAUAUUACCGUCCAUCCUUGUCGUCCCCUCAUUAACGCCGAUUUCAUGGCAGCAGCAGCUUUGAUUACUUGGCCGGACUUGAAUCCGAUAGAUAUCGCCGACGACGACGAUGAAGAAGACGAAGAAGACUCCCAAGUCACUCACUUGGUCGUUCACGGCGACUAUCACAACCUAGAUGACGAUUGUCCCCUCCAUCAUUUGACUUCGCCGCUGCCAUCCCUGCACACCCUUCAGCUUAACUCGGUUGCUAUCAAACCCCCCAAAAACCUUGAGUACAAUCUCGACGACUUGCAGCGGCUAUGCGUAUGGAACAGUCGCGCAUCUCCUCAGGGUUUAUAUUUGCUUGUACGGAGCACCACUACGUUAACCCACUUUGCAUUCGGCGGAGAACAAUCACGAGUAGAAGAAGAUUCAGACGCAUCUCAUGAUUUCGCUGUUCCUCCUCCUUCCUUCCCUCCUACUUUGCAGUACUUGCACCUGAACGUAUGCGCAAUAGUGAGCUGGGAAGGUAACCCAUUGAGGAACCCACUUAGGCCACGAAUGCUGUCCUGGCUCGCUUGCCUCAAAGGCCCGAUAGCGAUCAAAGUUUUCGAGUGUAAGGUAUUCACAAACGAUGUUCGGAUACCGAGAAAAAUUAUAUCUCUGGGCGAAGCAACCCUGACUCACCAGUGGGGUGAGGGCCGACGCAUCCGCGUGGCAGGAUACAACGAUGUUGGAAUAAGCAGAGCUCGUAUCGAUGAUGAUGCAGUGUUGUCAUGGCGAGAGUGCAGAUGCAAUGGACAAAAUGAUUUUCACCACCACCGGCGUAAUAGUGGCAUUGGAUCUGCCGCCAAUCGUGAAAGAGUCUCCGGGAAUGAGAGACGAGAUCAUUUUCUCAGCGAGUCGGUGACACUGUCCAGUCUGAGCAGCCAGGGAUUCGGUAGAAUGAUUGCGCUGAGAGAGAGAGAGAGAGAGAUAGAGUUCUGGCAGGGUCAAUUGCAGGAUUGGAUGCCUACAAAGCACAAGAGUACAGGACAAAUACGGCACACUGAGGACUACGAAGUCAAGCAUUUAGAGGAAAAUCGAGGGAGGCAAGUAAAAAUAUGCGAAAGGGAGACCACGCAUGUUCAGGAUAGGGAAUAUCGUCGAGACACAAUGUUCAGUGGUAUUCGUAAAAUGCAGAAGUAGAAGUGUAAAGAUGAACAUGGUAUUGAGGGCACUUGCACCUGUGAACUGUGACCACACACAAUGGUAAGCAACGAUCAAACAAUUGACGAGAAAGGAAUAACAAACGCGAUGUAUUUUAGAAUGCGGCAAAGAAUAAGAGUACUGUGGGUAAAAAGGGCACACUACACACCCUGAGGAUGAUCAAUGAAGCUUGAAGCACCACGUAGGAUUCGAAUACGAAGAAAAUGAAAGUGGGACAAAGCGCAAGCGCAAGAGAGGAGAGCUCCAGGAGUGGGGAGGAAGGCGAAGACGGGUAGGGAGACGAUGAAGAGGAAGAAAGAGAAGACAAAAAAUGGAGAAACAUAAAGUAGGUACGAAGGAAACAAGCAGGAGAAGCGCACGGAAAGAUAAUGAGGAGAGAGAAAAGUGGACGAGAAGUGAAGCGGAAAACAACGGACAAGGACACGGACGAA